UUCUUUUCUGUUUAAUUAAGUGGCAGUUCUAUCAUGAUGAUCAUGAAUAUGGACAUGGAGGUCAUGCAGACAUAUUUGUUCAAAAUCACCCUAACAAGCCAAUGGAAAGAAGUUGUUAGAACCUAUAGGCUUGACCCUCGAGCACACACGGCGAAGAUCACGGAGUCAGGUGACACAGCAUUACAUGUAGCAGUGUCCGAUGGCCAAGAAGAGCACAUUGAAGAGCUAGUAAAACUGGUUUCCACAAACGAGCUGCUUCAAGUUCGAAACGAGCGAGGGAAUACCCCUCUCCACAUUGCAGCAUCGAUGGGGAAUGUGAGAAUGUCUGAGUGCAUUGCCAGACACCAUCCCAUGUUGGUUGGUGCUCUUAACAAAGAAAAUGAGACCCCUCUCUUCUUGGCUGCUCUCUACGGUAAAAAAUCUGCCUUCUUAUGUCUACACUACAUCUGCAGCCUUCAUGAUAAUCAGCAACGCUACAAGUACUGCAGGAGGAAGGACGGUAAUACUAUCUUGCAUUGUGCAAUUGCUAGGGACUACUUUGAUUUGGCCUUUCAGAUAAUCGAUCUGUAUGAAGAUCUAGUUUUUUACGUCAAUGAAGAAGGACACUCCCCUCUUCAUCUUCUUGCCAGUAAGUCUUAUGCAUUUGCAAGUGGUAGUCGGCUUGGACCAUGGGACAAAAUCAUUUACAAUUCUGUAUAUGUUGGUAAGCUCAAAAGGGAGGAACGACCGGAUCAUUUUAACGACGAGCUAACAAAGACAUUGAAAGAUGGAAGGGAUCCCAAAUAUCCAGAAAACUAUCAAACUUGCAUCACCUUCUUUCGGUUGGUGUGGAGUAUGGUUCAAGUAUUUGUUACCAAUAGGAAAGAAGAUGAUCAGGGGGAAAGCCGAAAAAAUUCAGCAGAUACAGAGAACCCAGUAGUAGUUCGACCUACGGUUGCUCUGAACAGAAGAAAUCCAGGAUCGCAAUCAAAUAUUGGAGCACAGCAACAUCAAUCAAUUCCGAGCCAUUACAGCACCUGCUUUGAGUUCGUAAAACUUUUCUCAAAGGCAACAUUGCUGUUUGUUUUUGGAUGGGGGUCUAAGGGUAUAAAGAGGAUAAGGGAAAAGAAACAAAAGCACAAAUGGUCAGUUCAAAUCAUGAACGAACUACUAAAACGUGCUUCCUUGUAUGCGUAUGAAGACAACGGUAUUAAUCCACAGACAGCACCAUCCCACAAAAACGAAAAAUAUGAUGAAACAAGGCCUUAUGAAGUUGAUCAUGGCGAUGAAGUUGUCACCCUCGGAGUCGGAAGCAAUACUAAACAGCCUGUUGUGAAUCCUCCGCGACAAGAUGAAAGUAAGGCAAAGAAUGAUAAAAAGAAAAUUGCCGAAGAAAUGAGAGAGAAGAUAACCCUUCGAAUGGGAAAGAGGGAAACACCCUUCUUGAUUGCUGCAAGAAAUGGUGUGACUGAAAUGGUGGAGAAGAUACUUGAACUUUUUCCCGUGGCCAUCCGUGACAUUAACUCGGAGAGAAAGAAUGUAGUGCAGGUGGCUGUGGAGAGCAGGCAACUCCAUGUGUACCGGCUCUUUCUAAGGAAAAAUAUCUCGAUGAGAGAUAACGUUUUCAGCAAAGUGGAUGAUAAAGGGAAUAGUGUGUUACAUCUCGCAGCAAUGUUGGGAGACCAUCAGCCUUGGCUAAAUCAUGGGCCUGCGUUCCAAAUGCAAUGGGAAAUCAAAUGGUAUCAGAUCGUAAAGACCUCCAUGCCACCACACUUCUUUGUGCGCUUCAAUAACGACAACAAGACUCCGAAGGACAUCUUCAAAGAAACCCACAAAGGGCUCGUGAAAGACGGAAGGGAAUGGCUCACCAAGGCCUCUGAGUCCUGCUCCGUAAUGGGUGCCCUCAUCGCCACUGUCGCCUUUGCAACUGCAACAACUGUUCCUGGUGGCAUCAAGGAGGUUACAGGAAGACCAACCCUUGAAAACUUACCUGUUUUUGACAUCUUCGCCAUCUCAUCGCUCUUUGCCCUAUGCUCCUCGGUCACGUCCAUGGUCAUAUUCCUGUCCAUCCUCAUGUCCCGGUACCAAGACAAGAACUUCAGGAAAGAGCUGCCGAGUAAGCUUUUGCUUGGAUUGACAUUGCUUUUCGUAUCAAUGGUUUCCAUGUUGAUUUCAUUUUGUGCAGGACAUUUCUUUAUGCUUAAAGAUAAGCUCAAACAUGCUGCAUUUCCGGUUUAUGCAAUAACGUGCAUGCCUUUAGCAAUUUUUGCUGUAGGCCACUUCCCAUUGUAUUUUAACAUGAUAUUGGCUAACUUUAAAAAGGUUCCAUUCGACAGCGGAGUCACAAGGGUAGCUCCUCUUUGAGUUGAGGCUUCAUUUACAUGUAAUAGUAAAUUUUUCUCGAGUGACAUUUCUAGUUGUUGAUAUAUAUCCUACUUUGAGUUAAUACAAACUUCAAUGAGUAAAUUGUA